AUGGUGAAGACAACGCGCCCGCCACUUCCGCCCAUCAUCAACGAGGACGACGGGGAGUUGCCGUUCUUCAAGCAGGACUUUUUUUCCGACGUGGGGCUGAUAGUAAGUAACACGCGGGCGCCGGAAGGAGGUGUGGACGCCGCCCAGCACGGCGCAAGGCGCCCACUUCCUGUGGUGCAAGGAAAGAAGCUUUGGACUGCGAGGUGCAUCCUCGCCUACAACUCGCCCGUGUUCGAGAAACAGCUUGCACCGGCCAAGAAGACGGAGAUAGAACUGCACAACAAGAACUACGAUGAUGUUGUGGAACUGUUGUGCUAUCUCGACCCCCGGGUCCAAUACACCAUCACCGCGAAGUCCGCUAAACAGUUGAUGCCAUUGGCCGAAGAAUAUGAAAUGCACAAGUUAAGAAGAGAGUGUGAAAAGGUAUUGAUGGAAACCUAUCUUAGCCUUCGGAAAGACCACCAUAUCGGAGGAAUCCAAGCGGAAAUCAACGAAGAAUAUCUGCUUUUGGCGGACAGAUACAAGAUACAGAAGUUACUGAACCUUUGCAUCGAGGAGUUCGUCGCUAAUCCGGACAUCUCUACCGCCAAGAGCGCCGUGAACUCGGAGACGAUAUCGGAGAAGGUGAAACUACUGAUUUUGCAGAAGAAGCUGGCGAAACUAACCUACCAUCUCGAGAAAGAGCGGCGAUACAAGAGCGAGGUACAAGAUGAGGAAAAGAAGCUGACACCGAAAACGGACUGGCAGAAAUAUUGGCAUCCUCAUGCUCUGGAAUAA